AUAGAUAGAUAGAUACUUUAUGAAUCUCCAAAGAGAAAUUCACAGUUCCAGCAGCAUGAAAGGUAAGAAGAAAAAAAAAAACAAAAACAUGAGAGCAUGCAAGUUACAAAUAAGACUAUGAAAAGCAAAGUCAUCAUCCCUAGGUGGGCUUGAACUACCAACGUUUUGGUUAAUAGCUAAACACAUUAACCAAUUGCACCACAGAGACCACAUAUAAACAUAUUCCUGUUAUUAGUUAUUAGUUAAUUUCAUCCUCUUCUGUUCACAUAUGGUUGUAAUACUCUCUUUCUAUGACUCUUUGGCUGUGCCCGAAAUGGCAUACUAACGUACUACAUACUCAAUGAGUAUAUACUGUAUACUAAGUACUAUAAGUAUGAUGAGAAUGCCAACCGUUCACACUGUAGUAUACUACUACGUUUCCCAUAAUGCAUUUCAAACCUCAGACGACAAAAACCAGAAGUACGGCUAUCUACUGACACACACACUGCAGACAGAACUUUCUGGAAAAAACGCCUCUCCCAACUGGCGCCCGGCAACAGCCUAGCAACACCAAUCAGCGAUGGCAUUGAGGCUCCGCUGCACGUUCAUUGGCACUUCUUUCAAAUAAAGCCGCUGGCCGCUGGCCGCCAACGCCCUUUCUUCGGUUCCAUUCAGAGCCUUUGGACAGCCUUUUGGAGAGCCUCUGGAUUGCCCUUGGACAUCCUUUGGUCAACCACCUGUGCAUCACCUCGUAUCCUUUCAUCCAUCCAUUCAUCCAUCCAUCCAUUUUGUGUGCCUUGUUCUCUCUCUCUCUCUUUGUCUCUCUCUCCCUGUGUUUGUGUGUCUCUGUUGUGCUCUUGUGCUGUCUUCCAGGAUGCCUCGGAAGGGGAGACGCUCCCAGGCCCAGAAGCAGCGCUGGAGGAAGCCGGACGCGUCUGAGAUGCCCACCCCUCCCGUCGACGCACCCCACUGCUCCCGCUCUCCCCAGUACAAGAAGGUUGGUUCCACCCUGCCAGCCGGACGGUUCUGGGAAGAGCGGCAGGCGCGUGCAAACUUUAUUGCACGCCGUGGCACCGGUUACCGCCACAAGGUUAAAAAAUGGCCAACUUCACCCUUUACUGGGCACAACCACAAGUUGGUCAUUCCUCCUGAGCGCCCUGGAAAGAAGUUCAUUCUUAUUGUUGGGGACUCCCAUCUACGUGCUCUUGUAGAUGGCUUGAUUCGGAUGCCAGAGUCUCGGCUGAGCUUUGGCUUCCUGUCGAUCCCGGGGGCGUCUGCUUCUGAAAUUCGCACUGAGGUUCUGCACGCUGCAGUUCCUCGUGCACCUGAUGCCGUCUGCGUCAUGGCCCCCGGCAACAACCUGACCAGCACCACUGUUGAGAAGGCCGGUGUGGAUUUUGCCAAUCUCCUCACCACUUGUGGCAACCGCUGGUCCAAAGUUUUUGUGGUCGACUUUCCUCCCCGCCUGGUCGUUGACGUCCAACACCAGGACCUGCUUCGGCAGGAAUAUAGACGUGUGGCUGCUCGUAUGGGUGUAAAGUUCUUCAACGCUGCAGAGCACUUCCCCCUGAGCGAUUUGGUGCUGUGGAGCAAGGAUGGUGUCCAUCUGAGUGAUUGUGAGGGGAUGGGGAUCCUCGUCCAGUUGUUCUGGUCCGCUGCCAGCGAGCAACUGGUGACACCACCUCCUUCGCCCCGGAUCUCUCCUCAGCCUCCAGUUCGGAAAGUUACAGUGAGGGAGAGAUCCCCUGCUCCACCCAGCCCGAAACCCCGUGAACGGAGGAAAAUUGGUCAGGGCGGCAAGACGAGCCAUCCUCGGGAACCUCCCCGGUCCAGAGGUUCACCAAAGCCCAGGAUGGCUCAACAGCAGGUGGAGGAGAGCUUUCUUCCGCUGAACCCCGUCUGGUUCAGCAGCACAGCCCUAAGUGCCAUGGAGAAAGUGUCUCCCUCACAUAUGUCUUGCCUGGCGGAUUUCAAUGCCAUGAAGAAAGUGUCUCCCUCCCAUAAGUCUUGCCUGGCGGAUUUCAAGGACAUGGAGAAAGUGUCUCCCUCCCAUAAGUCUUGCCUGGCAGAUUUCAAGGCUUCUCCUAAGCCAAAGAAGCUGUUUGACUCACCCCCGGCCAGAUUGUCCUGCAGUUGGGGCAAGACAGAAACCCCUGUUUGUUCUCCCAUUGCAAAGAUAGCCAAGAUGAUGAUCCCCUCACCGAACAGACAGGUCUGGACAGCUGAUGAUGCGGGCUGCAAGCCUCCUUCUCCUGAGAAGAUGACCCGAACACUGACUCCAUCACAAGCCCAGUGGCCCUGGUUCAUGACAGCUGCAUCCACCUCAGCUGAUGCACCAACAGACAAUGAUAAAACCAGGAGCGAGAGUCGCCGUGUGGAGUCAGUCCGGGCCAGUCAUUCUCAGAAUGAUAGAAGGUACAACGUAUUUUCCCGCAAUCAUCAGUGUUCCUGUAAUGCUUUGACAUUUCUGGCAUACCACACUGAGGGCUGUCAGUUCACCAGGACGACACUCGAUAGAGUCCUGGCUCAGGGAGACGCGCUGUAUGUCGGAGUCAAACAGCAGUUGAUUCGCGACAAGACCUUCCAGAGCAAUCACCUGGCAGUUGAGGAGAUGCCAAAACAAGUCCUCACAGACAGACAUUUGUAUAAUGUCAACAUGUCUGAGAUCAGGUGUGGCUUUUUGAAAACUCAAGUAUCGAGCCCUGGAAGACGGCAGUGGUGGCUUCCGCUUGCCAGCCAGCUGGAGUGUCUUUCAGCAGAGGUUAAUCAGGCUUUAAUCAUCAUUUCACCUGAGGUUAUUGCUGUUUUCCGUGAUCAGUCCGGGAGGUAUGGAGUGUUUGAUUCCCACUCCAGAGACUCGAGAGGAUUACCCUCUCAUUCCGGGAAGGCGAUCGUCAUGACUUUUGCGGAACUCAGUGACCUGGCUAACCACCUGCACACACUCUUUAGAGACCGUGGAGACUCUUCAAGUUACGAGUUUGUCCCGGUUUCUUUUCAGACUGACAGCCCCAGUGAACAUCCUCAACAAUCCCCAGAACCCGAUAUUCAAGAUGAAGUGUCUGAACCUGCUCUCCUCACAUUGCAGGCAGACAGUGGGACGGCUGCCAAAAUUGAGGAGGACGUUAAAGGUUCCUCAGCUGUCCCACAAGCAAUAAAGCUCUCUAAAUUGGAAAAAGAUCGGAGGCGAAAAGCUAAAAGGAGAGCAUGUGACAAAAAGGAAGAAGUGCAAGAAAAAAUUGUGAAAAAAACUGGUGAGAGAAUCAGGUAUGCCAGCUGUGCCGAAUUUCGCAGGAAGAAAAUUCAGGCACAGAUUAAGUGUGUGCAAAACAACCGUGAACAACGGCGGUUGUCUUCUAAAAAAUACUAUGCCAAGUUCAAUAUCAAAAUGCGAGACCGAAUAAAAACCAAAUACAUGACAGAUUCUGCUUUUCGGAGCAGGCAAAAAAAUUAUGCUGUCAAGAGGUACAACACGGAUCCAGACAUUCUGAACCGGCAGAAAAAAUAUCUUGUCAAGAGGUACAGCAUGGAUCCGGCCUUUCAGAACAGGCAAAAAUAUUAUGUUGUCAAGAAGUACAGCACGGAUCCAGCCUUUAAGAACAGGCAGAAAAAUUAUCUUGUCAAGAGGUACAGCAUGGAUCCUGCCUUUCGGAACAAGCACAAAAAGUAUGUUGUCCAGAGGUACAGGAAGGAUCCAGAAUUCAGGCUACAUCAUAUUCAACGCUGUAGCCUGCUCAGAAGACGCAGGUUGGCUGCCAAUCCUGACAUGCGUCAGAAGUUGCGGCGAGCACUGAGCAUCAGGCGGAAAUACCGACAGCUCGGAACCUCUCGCCAGCCAGUGCUCACUUCAGUGAUGGCAGCGGCAAUAGCAGCAUUCCGUGAGACCAUCAGCCACGGACCAACAUACGUCUGCACCGUCUGCCACAGGACUAUGUUUCCAAAUCAAGUUAAGUCAUGCAAGAGAGUUAAAUACUCCACCAACGUCGACGUGGCACAGGCUUGCUUGACUGGAACAUAUGUGCAUGUCUGUGAUGCUGAGUGCUCCUCCCCUUGCUCAAUGCCACCAGAGAGACUGCAGGAGUGGAUCUGCCACAACUGUGACAGCCACCUCAGCCGUGGGAGGAUGCCAACACAUGCAGUAGCGAACAAUUUAGAGUUGGCACCCAUUCCCCCGGAGUUAGCCGAACUCAAUGUGCUGGAGAGACAGCUCGUUGCAAAAAUCCUCCCGUUUGCGAAGAUCAUCGCCUUACCGAAAGGACAGCAGCGAGCAGUCCACGGAGCUGUUGUGUGCGUUCCAUCGGAAGUGGAAAGCGUUGUCAACAGUCUUCCACGUCCCCUCCCAGAAGCACAGCUACUGCAGGUGAAAUUAAAGCGUCACAUUCGAUUCAAAGGUUACCAGCACUUUUACACUGUCAACAUGACGAAUGUGCUGGUAGCCCUGGAAAACUCAGAGAGCAGCACUCUGAGUAUUCUGAUGUGACCAUUGAUGAACAGGCCACGUUCCAAAAUCUCCUCCACGACUCAGACAACGAGUGCACGGAUGAUGCGCAGUGGGGAGAAGACAGCAUGCUCGACGAGGAGCUGCUGGAGGCGGCUGAUAGCUACACUGAGCCAGUCUUGGCCGAUUUUGUGUCAGCCGCAGGAACGAGUCGGCCAGAAGACGACCAAAGACGCAAUACUGACAUGCCAUCACCAAGCACUGAGCUGGAAAACCUGUCCAAUGAUGUCACGACAGAAACCCUCUUGGAGGAGUCUGCUGAUGACAUAGACUCUCAGCACGACAGCAUGGAUGCUGCCCAGUGGGGAGAAGACAUCUUGGACCAAGAGCUGCUACAAGUGUCUGACAGCUACCAGACCAAUUUAGCUGCAGACA